CGUGUCGGUACCGAUUUGGUACCGUUCGUACGAGGCGUGACCCGGGUCGGUUCCCCCCGGCAGGGCGGUCAGGGUGACUGAAGAUGGGGAGGGAAGAUGAGAAGGUGAUCCCGGUGCGUGUGGCGCUGCGCUGCCGGCCCUUGGUGCCGAAGGAGAGGAGCGAAGGGUGCCAGAUGUGCCUGUCCUUCGUGCCCGGGGAACCGCAGGUGGUGGUGGGGACUGACAAAUCCUUCACCUACGACUACGUGUUCGACCCUUCUGUUGAGCAAGAGGAGGUCUUCAACACAGCUGUUGCUCCUCUCAUCCGAGGCAUCUUCAAAGGAUAUAAUGCUACUGUCUUAGCCUACGGACAGACAGGGUCUGGAAAAACCUACUCCAUGGGAGGAACCUACACUGCCAGUCAGGAGGAUGAGCCCAGUGUGGGGGUCAUCCCUCGGGUCAUCAAGCUGCUCUUCAAGGAGAAGGAGCAGAGGCAGGACUGGGAAUUUGUCCUCAAAGUUUCUUAUCUAGAGAUCUACAAUGAGGAUAUUCUGGACCUGCUGUGCCCAUCCAGGGAAAGAUCUUCCCAAAUCAGCAUACGGGAGGAUCCCAAGGAAGGCAUCAAGAUUGUAGGGCUGACAGAAAGAAGUGUCAGCUGUGCCCAGGAUACUGUGUCCUGCCUGGAGCAAGGGAACAACUCCAGAACUGUGGCCUCCACAGCAAUGAACUCCCAGUCCUCACGCUCCCAUGCCAUCUUCACUAUCUGUAUUGACCAGAAAAAGAAAAGUGACAAGAACAGCAGCUUUCACUCCAAGCUGCACCUGGUUGAUCUUGCUGGCUCUGAGAGGCAAAAGAAGACCAAGGCUGAGGGAGACAGACUAAAAGAAGGUAUCAACAUCAACCGAGGUCUCCUCUGCCUGGGCAAUGUGAUCAGUGCUCUUGGGGAGGAAAAUAAAAAGGGGGGGUUUGUCCCCUACAGAGACUCCAAGUUGACAAGGCUGCUGCAAGAUUCUCUGGGUGGUAACAGCCACACUCUGAUGAUUGCCUGUGUGAGCCCAGCAGAUUCCAACAUGGAAGAAACUCUGAAUACUCUGCGUUAUGCUGACAGAGCAAGGAAAAUAAAAAACAAACCAAUUGUCAACCUUGAUCCCCAGGCAGCUGAGCUGCAGCAUCUGAAGCAGCAGGUACAGCAGCUGCAGGUGUUACUGCUCCAGGCCCAUGGAGGAGCCCUCCCAGUGUCUAUCAAUAGCAUGGCACCAUCAGAGAGUCUGCAGUCCCUGAUGGAGAAGAACCAGUCCCUGGUGGAGGAGAACCAGAAGCUGAGCCGAGGGCUGAGUGAGGCAGCAGGUCAGACAGCACAGAUGUUGGAGAGGAUCAUUCUGACAGAACAAGAAAAUGAGAAGAUGAAUGCCAAACUAGAACAACUUCAACAGCAUGCUGUGUGCAAGCUUGAUCUGCAGAAGUUGGCAGAGACUGUGGAAGAUGAGGAGCUCAAAGAGAACCUGGAGGUGAUUCGCAGCCUGCAGCAAGUGUUGGUUCAGUUCCAGAGUGAAAAUGCUGCUACAAUGGAUGCUGCUGCAGAGGUGGCAAACUCUGAACAGGAUGGCACAGCUGAAGCAGAAAUGGGCCAGGACACCAAGAGGUCCUCAGAUGACUUCACCACUCAACAUGCCCUCCGUCAAGCACAGAUGUCCAAAGAGCUGCUUGAGCUCAAUAAAGCUCUGACUCUGAAAGAGGCACUUGCCAAAAAAAUGACACAGAACGACAGCCAGCUGGAGCCCAUUCAGUCCCAGUACCAGACUAACAUCAAGGAUCUGGAACUGGAGGUCAGCAGUUUACAAAAAGAAAAGGAGGAGUUGAUCCUUGCUCUGCAUAUGGCAAAGAAGGAUGUCAACCAAGCCAAACUGAGCGAGCGGCGUCGGAAGAGGCUUCAGGAACUGGAAGGGCAAAUUAAUGAGCUGAAGAGAAAGCUGAAUGAGCAGUCCAAGCUCCUGAAGCUGAAGGAAUCCACAGAACGCACAGUCUCCAAACUGAACCAGGAGAUCAGGGAAAUGAAAAACCAAAGGGUGCAGCUGAUGCGUCGGAUGAAAGAGGAUGCAGAGAAAUUCAGGCAAUGGAAGCAAGAGAAGGACAAGGAAGUGAUCCAGCUGAAAGAAAAGGAUCGGAAGAGACAGUACGAGUUCCUUAAGCUAGAGAGGGAUUUCCAGAAGCAGGCUAACGUCCUGCGCCGCAAAACUGAAGAGGCAGCAGCUGCUAACAAACGCCUGAAGGACGCUCUGCAGAAGCAACGGGAGGCUGCAGAGAAACGGAAGGAGAGUCAGAACAGGGGGAUGGAAGGAAUUGCUUCACGGAUAAAAAACUGGCUUGCAAAUGAAGUAGAGGUUCUUGUCAGCACUGAAGAGGCUCGACGGCACCUCACAGACCUUCUGGAGGACAGGAAGAUCCUGGCACAGGAGCUCCUCCACCUUAAAGAGAAGAAAGAGGCAGGAGAAAACCACCCUCUAAAGCUCAGAAGACAAACCUACACCCUGGCAGACCUGCCCAUCUCAGAGGCUGACAUCUCCAUCACCAAGCAGAUAGAAAGCCUGGAAACUGAGAUGGAGCUCAGGAGUGCCCAGAUAGCAGAUCUGCAGCAGAAGCUCCUGGAUGCAGACAACGGGGAGCGAGCAAAGCAGCGCUUGGACAGCAUUGCAACAAUCCUAGAGGCUAAGUGUGCUCUGAAGUAUCUCCUGGCAGAGCUGGUCUCCUCAAAAGUGCAGGAGGGCAAGCUGGAGAGCAGCCUGCAGCAGAGCAAAGCCACCUGCUCAGAUGUGCAAAAGAUGCUGCUGGAAGAGAGAAACCACCUAGCAGAGGUGGAGGCUGAGUUCCAAAAUCAGCUUCUGGUGCAGGAACAACAACACCAGGAGAAGGUUCUCUACCUGCUCAGCCAAUUUCAGCAAAAAGAAGCAGCAGAGAAGAAAUUAGAAGACUCACUGAGUGAGCAAGAGAAACAGCUGCAAGAACGACUCAGGUUCCAGGAGGAAGAGCUGCAGAAAAUGAGGGAGAUUUGUGAGAAGAACCAAGAACUUCUCCAUGAAAAUGACACUCUUAAACAGAAACUGCUGCUCCUCCAAGUUGCCAGUGGACAGAAGCUUGGACACAUUCACAAAACCCCUUUGGAGUCCCCAGAUUCUCCUUUUGAGUACAUUCCACCCAAGCCAAAGACUCGACGGCAAACAACAGCCAAACCCCGAGCCCUGACCCCCAGGAUGGAUGUGGAAGAACUUUUCUCUGACUCAGAGGAGUCUGGAGGGGAGGUGGAGGAUGUAGACUGGGUUCCAGUGAAGGCAGUCAAAGGAACAAAGAAAAGCAUGGUGGGGUGCUCCUGCAAGGGCUGGUGUGGGAACAGGCAGUGUGGCUGCAGGAAGCAGAAGGUGGGCUGCACUGAAGGCUGCAGCUGUGACCCUGCAAAGUGUAGGAACAGAGAUCCCAGCUUCCCAGAUGCCACAGGGUGUGAGGACCAAACGAGGGACUCUGAAGGUUCCUUCAAACUUGAAGACCCAACUGAAGUGACUGCAGGGGAGACUUUCUUCCAGCCUGUGUGUGUCACACCAACCACAAAGGUCCUGAAAGACAUCACAGACCAAGAAGUUUUCUUGAAGAAACCCAGCACUGCUGCUUCCCUGCUGAGAGAUGAGGAGUCUCAAGAGAACCAAAUCCCUUUGGUGAAGAAAAAGAAGAGGAUGCUGAGUAGCAACAUCAGCUUCUUCUCAGGCUGCACCCCUAUCAAAGAGGAGCUGGCUUGAGGGGCCCAGAAGAUGCCCCUGACUCAGUUGUGUUCUCCUUCCUUACACCACGGUGCUGGUGACUUCUUAAAAAAGAAAGUGUUGGGAUCUCCUGCUGCAGCAGAAGCCUGAUGUGUGUCCUGUCUGACAGCCCCUGGCAUCAGCAGCUCCAAACUGUGUCCAACUCUGUAAAUAUUUAUGUGUGGGGGACUCUUUUUUUCCUCUGGAGUUUCUGUAGUGAGUGGAGGUGAUUUGUUCAGGUUGCUCACUGAGCUGUGAACACUUUGGGUACAGUUUAAUCCCUAAUCUGGAAAGAAUUUUACCUUUGCACUGGACACCUGGGCGCUGCCUCUGCUGCCCCAGGAGGAGGAGUCUUAACCCAGCUGUGGAGCUGGGCUCUGGUUCUGUGCCCUUUGGGCCACUGCUCUGUCCUUGGUCGAUGAAGUCAGAAAUGUGUUGUCCAGACGUGGAAGUUGUAGUCAUUUUAACUUGGUUUUAUAGCUCUAAUAAAGUAAAUAU